AUGGCACCGAAUCGCAUUGAGCAGGACGAAAUCGAAAAGUACUGGGAGAUCUUCAGUUCGCUGUCCAACGGCGGUACACAUCUCGACGGCGCCCAAGCAGCGCCCGUACUCAAGAACUCACAUCUCCGCGAUGACCAACUUGAGCGCGUGUGGGAUCUUGCCGACGUGGACAAUGACGGAAAGCUGGACUUUGAGGAGUUUUGCGUGGCUAUGCGACUCAUCUUCGACUUGAUCAAUGGAAUAUCAGUAGAUGUCCCCAAAGUCCUGCCCGACUGGCUCGUACCCGAAUCAAAAGCCCACCUCGUGCAAGCCAACCGCGCUCUCACCGGCUCGCAACCAGCAUACGAAACAGUCGAAGACGAAGACGAUACCCCAGGUCUACGCGAUGGCUUCGACUGGUACAUGUCGCCCAACGACAAGAACAAGUACGAAGAAAUCUAUACUGCGAACCGCGACAACCACGGCAACAUCAGCUUCGACAGCUUAUCAGGCCUGUACGAGUCUAUAGACGUACCAGACUCGGACAUACGUUUCGCCUGGAACCUAGUCAACCCCAAGGCGCGCGAGAGCGUAGGCAAGGACGCCGCCCUAGCCUUCCUCCACAUCCUCAACCAGCGCAGCGAAGGCUUCCGCGUCCCACGCUCGGUGCCGCCCUCGCUGCGCUCCAGCUUCGAAAAAGCGCACAUUGACUACGACAUCGAGUCUUCUGCCAAUUCACGAUGGGCUGCUACCCGCGACGAAAGCACCGCCACGGGCCGCAAAGCAAAGUUCGGCGACGCAUACCUCACGCGUCUCGGCGUUGGCGACCGCGCCGCAAACUACGGUGCUCGAGGUGGCAAAGGCACGGAUUUUGGCGGCCGCACAACAGAAGAUUGGGAGGAAGUCCGGUUGAAGAAGCAGCUGCGGGAGCUGGAACAGAAGAUUAGCGAUGUCGAAAAGGAUGCGGAGAACCGCCGGCACGGGCGCAGCAAGGACAGUAAGCCGGCGCUGGUAAAACGCGAAUUGGAGCUCCUGCUUGAUUAUAAGAGAGGUGUGCUGAGGGAGUUGGACAACGAUGAUGGCGGUGCCGUCAAAGGGUUGCAGGGCAUCAGGGAGGAUAUUGAAACGGUCAAGGAGCAGGUCGAAGGGUUGCAGGCGCAUUUGGAGAAUCGGAGGGGGGUCUUGGAGGAUCUGAGGAGGCAGAUUGAUGAUGAGAAGGUUCGGUAA